AAGCUUUAAGCUUUCCCCCUUCACCUUCCCCCUUUCCCCUUUCCCCUUUCCCCUUUCCCCUUUCUUGUCACACAGUACUCUCAAGAGUCUUUCCUUCUGCUCCAUUCCUCGAUCCAAUAUUAUGGCUGCUCUUACGAGAGUUCUUGUCAUUGCUUCACUACUACUUGUCCUCUCUCUUCACCUUCUCCAGGUCGUUCAGGCUGACCAACUGCAAGGCACCAACGCACAGAGUCCCCUUUCUCCGACCAUAGAUUGUGCGGCGGCAUGUGCAACGAGGUGUGGGGAAUCGAAGAGGCCGAAUCUCUGCAAAAGGUCUUGUGGGAGUUGCUGCUUCCGAUGCCAAUGCGUACCUCCGGGCACCUCCGGCAACUAUGAAGCUUGUCCCUGCUACGCCUCCAUCAUCACCCGUGGCAACAAACCCAAAUGCCCUUGAUUCUAAUAAACCCAUAUCAAUUUUUUUUCUUUUUCAUUCUUAAAUUCAUCACUUCUUUAAUAAUCAUGAACCACCAAAGUCCAAAAACCCAACUGCUAUUACAUCCACCAUGUAAUCCUUCAUUCCUCUUUUCUUCUGGUUGUUUAGUAUUUGCUGUUAUUAUUGUGUGUAUGGAAAUAUUGUUUUUGGUAUAUGUUCUGUUAUACCAAAGCCCA